AUGCUACCUCUACAUUUGAAGGGCACAUCUCACCCACAUAGCAUUGUAAUUUCAGACUACAACCUCUUCUUUUGUGGACAUGGAGUAAGCAAUGGAAGGAAUCAAACAAAGAACACUAAGGCAUUUUCUGGUCAUUGGAUGUUUGGGAAGAAUGAGAUAGAGGAUGGCGACCACAUUACUAUCACUGUUACACCGCAGUGGCAUGAACUUGAUUCAUAUAAUGAACUCGUAAAGGAGUGUGGGGUGAGUCUUGUGUAUGUUGAUGGAGAAGAAGAAGAUGUGUUAGCUUAUUACAAGUCAUGGAAUCACAUAAUUGGUGGAGACCUCUCUCCUUUUCAAACAACAACAGGACAAUACAUCCUAACCAACUUCCCGUUUUUGAUGAUGUUGUUAUAG